CUAGCGGUCUGGAAACAUGGGGCUUUUAAAAACUGAGAGGAAAAGGAAAACGAAAAAUUGGAAAAUCGUUAUGGGUAAGCACUGAACCAGAGAAAAGCAUACCCUGCGCUGAGAUUUCAGAAUUGCAGUUGCACAUCCAUUACCUAAAUGACUAACGCCAUUAAAAUGGGCGAAGCUCGCAAACUGAAAGAGCAAGACCGUCAAGACAACAAGAUUGGACAGAUCCUAACGAACCUCGCUAAAUUCGCUGUCGAUUCUACAGCCAACGGCGCUCUCAAAGGCGUCACUGGUCCAAAGAAGUUUUAUAAGUUUGUGCAGGAGAGAUUGCAGAAUCCACCAACUUCACUUCCCUUAAAUAACUGUAAGAAACCUGCAGAUGUUAAAUUAGUGGAGGAGAUGCAAAUAAAAGUAGAAGAAAUGCUGGAAGACAUGGCAAAGUUAAAACAACAAAAUGAGACAUCAGCCAAAUGCAUGGAGGGAACAAAACCUGUGAAGAAGGGACCAAAUGAAGGCAGCAGAAAGUUAGAUGUUUUGGAACCUGAGAAGAAGAGAAUUUUUAUUCGUUCUCGGCUUUAGAAUGGGGCCAACCUUAAUGACCUCAAUGCCUGAAACUUAAAAUGGCCAAAAUAACUGCAUUCUAUGUCUUUCUUAAUAGUGUCGUGGAUAAACAAUGCUUAUUAGCUGUACCAUUAUGUUAAGUUAAUAGCUUUUUACUGUAUAUGGGUAUUGGUUUUUCCAUUAAUGCUUCCUCUCUUCUUCCUCUGGUCUUCUUUCUAAUUGUUUCCUUAUUUUCUGGUUAGAGGACUCUAUCUGGAAGUUGUUUGUAGGAUGACCUUACAAUUCAAAACUAAUGUCUAUUUCAAGAGUUAAAAUUGCCUGAAAAAGAAUUAUUCAAAAUUGAAUUUGUCAUUACUUAUCAGUCAUACUCAUUUUACGAAGUCAUUGAAUAGGGUAAUCGUAUAUUUUAUAUUACAGCUCAAUGAAAUUAAACUCGAUAAGAAUUAAAAUCUUCAAUUUUUUCAAAUUGGGAGUUUUUGUUUGUAAUUGACACUGUGAACCGAAAACGGCAGACUUUGUCCUCCUGAAGUUGUCUGCCUUGGUCAUUAGCCCAAAUAAAUAAGGGUAGUUUUGUCACUUAGUAAAAAAUUUCUCUUCAUUUCCAUCCGCAUCUGUUGCUUCUUGUUUCUCUCACUCUCGCAGUUUCUCUCAACUUCCACUCUCUAGGGUAAACAAUCAUGGCAGCAUGGACUGCGGCUGCUCGUCAAGCCGCGAAUCUCACUACGCUUUCCUCUCCAAGAGUUGCUUCAGCUCCUCAAGCUGCUUCCCUCAUCCAUCGGCGCGGUCUAGCCGGUGGUGGAGAUCAUCAUGGACCUCCUAAGGUCAACUUCUGGCAGGACCCACUGAACCCAUCUAAAUGGAAAGAAGAGCAUUUUGUGAUUGUCUCUUUAACUGGCUGGGGAUUACUCUUCUAUGGAGGUUACAAGUUCUUUACUGGAGACAAGAAAGACAAGAAGGAAGAGAAGGUUGGAGAAAAAUCACACUAGGUUUGGAAUACUACCCAAAUAUAUCUAGAAGUAAAUCUGGGAUGAGGAUGUUUUUCACAUGUUAUGACCCUCCAGUUUUGGACAGUUUUAUUUGUACAUGACUCCUAAGUGGAUGAUAAAUAUCGGCUUUUUCUUGUUGC